AUGUUUGAUGAUGAAGACCUCGGCUUUUGCGCCAAUUUGCUUGGCAUCUUUAUAUUUGUUUUGGUAAUUGCUUACCAUUAUGUUGUGGCUGACCCAAAAUAUGAAGGCAACUGAGAACCUUUGUUGAAAUGAUUGUGCAGAGGUGCUUGGUCUUGCAAGAAUUAAUGGAAACUAAUAUCAUGUCAUGUUAUGGAUCUCAUCAGAUGGUAGCGUGAUGUAAUUGCAAAUGUUGAUUUGGAAUUUGUGUUUAUUUUGAAGUUUGCUUAAAGUUCCUUAUGCUUUUCUUCCAAUAGAGAAUUACUCUCAAAUGCUAAGCUUUAAAGGGUGUGCUUGGAGACAAGUAGAAUAAGAUGAGAAUUUAAUAAAAA